AUGCCCUUACGGGUGUUUAAGAGCAGCUAUUCACACGGUGAUUUUGAAGCGCUACUUACUGUUCACAUUGAGCGCACUUGUGAGAACAAUGAUUGACAGAAAGCUAGCAUGGAGGAGCCAAGAUGCAGAAUAAAGAGGUGUAGAUUUCUACAGUUAAUUCAACGUUUACACUUCCAAAUACAAAUAUAUUGUUAAAAUCAUGGGAAGUGACAGUUUUUCGUUAAAUAUUGUGAAUAUUUCUUUUAGGUACAAUAUUCAAAGAAAUCCUCGUAGGAUCAGUAGCAUUCGUUAUUGUGACAGUGUUUGCUAUCUCGAUGCUGGGAGUCUAUUUGGCAUUGUAUAAAUAUGUGUUACAUCCCAAAACACACCUUCCAUCAAAUCUGGUAAGUCUUCAAAGUUAUGAAAACUAAGUCUGAGAAAUAUACACUAUCAUCCAUUUCCGAUGAUGAAGAAUUAAAGUUACACAGAAUAUGUUUAUCAAAUAGCAUAAAUAUCUUGCCUUCAUUGAUCUUGCCUGUAUCACUUAAAGGACCACUAUAGGCACCCAGACCACUUCAGCUUAAUGAAGUGGUUUGGGUGCCAGGUCCAUCUAGGAUUAACCCUUUUUUUAUAUAAACAUAGCAGUUUCAGAGAAACUGCUAUGUUUAUAAUAUGGUUAAUCCAGCCUCUAGUGGCUGUCUCUUGACAGGCGCUAGAGGCGCUUGCGUGCUUCUCACUGUGAAAAUCAUGUAAAUGCUUUCCUAUGAACUAGCUGAAUGUGCGCAUGGCUCCUGCACUGGAGAAAGGUAAGAUUUUACCCCCUUCCUCUCCCCAGAGCCCGGCGGGAGGGGGACCCUGAGGGUGGGGGCACCCUCAGGGCACUAUAGUAUGUUUUCCUGGCACUAUAGUGGUCCUUUAAAUGUUGGCUAUUUGACUAUAUGGGAAUAAUGACACAUUAACCAAUACUUCCCUAUUGCUCCUAUACUAUCCAUCUUCAAUAUCACAAGCCAACUAAGAAAGGUUGGAGGGCAGAUACAAGCUUCGAAGUAAGAGAAGUUAGAUUUUGUUCAGUUUAGGAUUAAUCCAGGUAAAGUCAGUUUACAGUCUACACUGUAUGAAUGUAAUACAACUUGCAUGGAGAAGAAAGAUUGCCUCUUACUCAGCAGUCACCUAAAGGUAGUCUGGUAGUAUAAGGGCACGUCAUAGGAACGGUGCAGCACUUUAAGACGUCCUUCUAUUGAGAAUUAGCAAUGCAGGUAGAAACAGGAUAAGAGAAAGUUGCUUACAGAGUGGAAGGAAGAAGAAGAGCUGUACAUGUGAAUUAGAGAUGAAAAAUAAGAAGGGUGGAGUGGUUGAAAGGUUUGUAAGUUAGUGCUAGUAAUUGAAAUUGAAUCCUAAAGGACAUAGGAAGUCAAUGUAUGGAUUGUCAGAUGGUUGUGAGAGUAAUAGUGGAUAAGGUAUAAGAGUAAUAGUAGAUAAGGUAGCAACAUUUAUUUGUUAUUGACAUAGAUAUUGUAGGUUGUGAAAAGACAAAGAAUGAGUGAGUUACAGUAAUCAAGGUUGGCAAUAAGUGCAGAACAUGUGCCUUAUUUGCAUCUUUCAUCAGUUAGGGGGCAAAUACAUGGUUUUAAGGGGUAAAUUAAAAGAUUUGGAGAGAGGCUGGAUGUGGGGAGAAAAAUCGAGACCUGUAGUCAAAUGUAACACCAAGUCAAGGUUGAGGUAGUGACAAUAUAUUGAUCAUUUAAAAUUAUACAUAAAUACAAGUUCUGUGGCGUAAUAUUGUAAUUGUUUUAUCUACUUUCCAUGUAUUCUUUACUUACGAUUUGUACAAAUCCUUUUAGACAGUAUCUCCGAUAUAUAGCAUUGUGCAGGUUUUGACCUUUAAGAUGCCACAUCUAUUUUGAAAAGCUAUUUCUCAAGAUGCAGUAUAAAUUAUCUGUACAUGUGUGUAUUCACUUUAUAUUUCUUCUUCCCGAAAUCAGAGGUUGAUCCCAUUUGAUCCUUUGUCAAUCCAAAAUGUUGUAUAUUUUUUUUAACAGAUUUUGCAAGCAUUUAAUUCAAAGACAAGUAUGCAUAGAGGAGAUGAAACCAUAAUUAUACCAUCAACAUUUGAGAGUAUGGUGCUCACUAGACACAUACUUGAAGCAAAAGAGGGCAGUCCUCAAAGUCUCCAGUACAAACGAUAUGUCUCAAAUGAGCCAGUGAGGAAUGAAUAUGUUAACUGCGAACUGAAGAAGGAUGACCAUCUUCUUGACCGUCAAGACAAAAAUGUAGAACUCAAAAACCCAACUUAUGCAACUAAAACUAUGAAAUGCAGUCUUACUCAGCAGUACCCAUAUGUUUGUAUAUCAUCACAACAUCCGUGUAAAAACAUAUGUUUUAGUGAGACAAGAGAGAUAUUUGAUUUUUCUAAUAUAUCUAAAAAACCCAGUUAUAUUAACACUGAAAAUGUGUUUGGAGAAUACUGCACAAAUACAGGGCAUGAAGCAUUGAAGUUAUCUUAUAUGAAUCAGGUCCAGAUAAAUCAGUCCAGUAAUACAUAUUUUAAUCAGUAUGAGUAAACAUGAGGAGAACAGUUUCACUUGUUAAUUAAUCAGCUUUGUAGAUUCUCAAAAAUAUCUGACAAUGCUAGAAGAUGUUGCAAGAACUUUGAUGCAACACAUGUCCUCCAUUACAGCGUGCAACUUUUUUUUGUCAAAUAUGUGUUGGUGUGGCACCAUCAUUUCCAU